CUUCCCGCACGUCUUUUCUACCGUGUGUCCAUUUUCUUUUAAUUUUCUCUGUAUUAUAUUGUUUUUGAGUCGCAAAUGUUAUAAAGACCCCCGUAAAGCGGAUAAACAGACGCGAGAUCAUUAGUCAAUUAGUACUUCGUUAUCUAGGUGUUUGGUUUCGAAGAUUUGUUAGGCUAUAUGCAGCUACAGAAAGCGAUUUGCUCUUGUUAGGCUAAAAAACUGAACUAUUUAUUACAGGAUGUUAUUAAAAUUGGACGUACUGGCCAUCGCUGUUUUGACGCAUGUUGGUUUUUGGACAUGUGACGCACAAGUGUGUGGCCGGCCGGCCCUGGGGAACAGGAUUGUGGGUGGAACUGCUGCGCAGGAAGGAGACUGGCCUUGGCAGGUGGACAUCCAGCUGGACAACAACCAUGUUUGUGGAGGAAGCAUCAUAACCAAAGACUGGGUGCUAUCUGCAGCUCACUGCUUCCCAACGCCCUCACUGGUGUCGGGCUACGUGCUGUACCUGGGCAGGCAUCAGCUGAACGGAUUUAAUCGGUUUGAGGAGAACCGGCGUGUGCGCAGGGUGAUUGUGGCGCCGGGGUACUCAAGCCCGGAGGAGGGGGACGACAUGGCGCUGGUCCAGAUGACCUCAUCCGUGCCGUGGACCGACUACAUCACGCCCAUCUGCCUGCCCGACGCCAACGUGCAGUUCCCCAGCGGAACCCGCUGCUACGUCACCGGCUGGGGCCAUGUCAGCGAGGGGGUCUCUCUGAGCGGCUUGGGGCCCCUGCAGGAGGUUGAUGUGCCCAUCAUUAGCCAGGCUUCCUGCCGCUCCAUGUACCAGCAGCAGCCCCCUGCUGACCGCGUGGACAUCCUGUCUGACAUGAUCUGCGCGGGACUUCGGGAAGGGGGCAAAGACUCCUGCCAGGGGGAUUCGGGGGGCCCCCUCAUGUGCAUCAAGAAUAAGACGUGGGUGCAGGCCGGGGUGGUGAGUUUCGGCAUCGGGUGCGCUCAGCCCAACCAGCCCGGCGUGUACGCCAGGUUGACGGCCUUCACCAGCUUCAUCCAGAGGACCAUCCCGGACAUCCAGCUGUUCAGCGGCUCCGCGCCCAGCUGGGCCGGCCGCAGUGGGGUGCUGCUCACCCUGCUGCUCUCUCUGGUGCUGCUCUCAUAGGUCCUCCCCCGUUUCAGACACUGAGUCACCGCUGAGCUGUGAGUGGCUCCUGCUGUGCAGCCCACGCCAGUCCACCAAUGGCCUGCCGCAGCGGUGAGUGAGCAGAGCCAGCACAGAAUACUAUUGUGAAUGUGUAACGCAAGUGGCAACGUGUGUGUUGCUUGUAAUUCAUCGGGUUCUGUUCCAUUAGCGGUUCACUCAGCGUUAGCAGAGCCUCCUGCCUCUCCGCCGUGACUGCCCCGUGCUGUGCACCGAGCUGUGAUACGGGACAUAGAAGAGAAAAAGAAAAAAAAACGGUUUAUCCGUUUGUUGGUUUCCAUGUCCAUCCUUGAUUUGUCAGCGGAGUGUAUUUUGGAGAAAAGACUGCCUUAAAACAAAGAACAAUGUCGUCUGACUCUGAACAACAUCAGACCGCAGCUUUAACCCUUUCAGGCCCAAGCCCAGUGUUAAGCUGUGAAAUCCCGCAGGGGUCUGGCUUUGGUUGAGAAAAAUGAGCAUUUGUAGAGUUUUAAUAGGGGCUCAAAACUAAUCUAGCAGUAAUUUUGAUUGGUUUGAAAGGUAUAAAUAUUGUGAGCCAUAUGGAACUCUUGGGACUGAAAGGGUUAAAUUAAAGUUUAAAUUAAAAAAAAUAUAUAAUAAUAAUGUUCCACAUGCUUUUUCACAUUCAGUAGGCAAGUUCCUCUGUGUGCCUUAUGAGCGUUUGAAUACACCCGACACCCCCAGUGGAAAAGUGCAUAGAGAGGAACAAUUACAGAAUGCAAAUGCGUUAGAUUGAAAACCAAGAAAAGGUUGAUGAAAUAUGGCAAUUUUAAUGUGAAAAAAUGCACGAUUGACAUGUUAAAGAUUGUACAAUAUGCAUUCCAAAGAUUAUUUACUUUUAAUGUAGGCUAUGUGACUUUGAAACGCCUUUGUGUUAACUCUUUGCUUAACACCUUUUGGUGAAGAUUAAUUUGAUCUUUUACAGAAUUUACAAGUCUUGGCUAUAAAUAAUUUAAGAGGCGAGGAACAACCUACAGGCACCCUUCCAUUUGAGAUGCUCUUUCAGGGGAAUUUCUUAGCUUUUUAGUUGAGUAAAACCAAUCAAAUCAUGACCGUUUCAAAGGGAUCGUUAAUUUUCUGCGGUUUUAAAACAAUGUUUUUAAUAUAUUUUGUAUGUUUUGAUUGGCCUAGAUGAUAAAUAAAUUCACUUCAGGGAACUCAAAGGUAGGGGCUUUGUAUUUGAAUAGAUUACUUUUAUCAUUUUUAUUCACAAUUAUAAAUGUGUAUCCAUUUUUUCUAUCCUGCCGGGACUUUUCUAUCCUGCCGGGACCAUUGGAAAUGGUUCCAAAUGAAAAUGACACCUUAUACAUUACAUUAUAAAUGAUACAUGUUUAAUUAUACAAUGUUUCUGAGAAUAACGAGAUGACAUAUAAAUGUACUGCCACAAAUUGCAACAUAAUUGUUUGUGAAGGAAGAGAUGCUGUCCGAUAAACUCUCUACCUUGUUGCACAUACUUAUUUGUAUCUUAAUUCAAAAAAUGGAAUGGAAAAGGGUACGAUCUGUGAUGUAAACAUGUCUUGCACAGCUUACCUUCCUAAGCACAAUAAGCUGAGAUUCAUGCCUCCACAUUCCUGCCCGUCAGUGCUCUUCUUCCCAGAACCGCUUAUUUCAGACAUGAAAAAUAUGAAUGAAAUUAGAUUCUCAAGCAACUUGCGGUUUAAUAACUGGUGGUGACCUAGAAGCACAAUGAGUUAAACAUUGUUUUAUACAAAAUGGAUGUCAGCUGUGACUUUAUCAAACAUGAAAUGAAGGAUAUCCUACUUAUGUGAUUUUUUCUGUUAUUUGGAUCUGUGCACAUAGAAAUGUGUUUGCCACAUGAACAUCUUUAAAACGCAACUGGAGAAUUACUGCCCUUCAGUGGACAAGUGCCGUGUUGUUUGUGCUACAGUACCAAGUGCCAUAAAUUAUGCAUUCUGUGCUGUCAACAUUUAUAAAUAAAUUUGUUUUUUGUUUUUUA